AUGUUCUCCAUGUCGGCUCAAGGUUCUGCCGAGGCGCCCAGUAUGGGUAUUGGAGGAAAAAAUGCAGGCUUUGGCGCCUUCGGUACGUUGGGUGUAAAACAGGUUGAUUUUCAGGGUUUUUUUACACCACCGUCGUCAACAGAGGCACCAAAGGACAUUCUGUUGACCGUUGCUGAGCUACAGAAUUUUACUGGUUUUUGGAAACUUGAAGCAGAAUUGGCUGAUCUCCUUGACUGUCAACUAGAGAUGCUGAAGUCCACAAAGCCACGAAAGUUGGCUGGAGUAGAAGAUGCGGUCUGGGCAACGGCGUUAGUGAUCGCUUUCUUGAAAACAAAGGUCGCUGAUCGCCGGCUGGAAUGGAAACUUAUGUCAAAGAAGGCCCAAGGCUGGCUCGCCAGCACGCUGAAAUCGAAUAUACCGGUGGAUGAGUUAAUCAAGGAGGCCACCUCUGUGCUUGAGGCCACUUCGAACGCUGUGAAGCCGCAGAAGUAA